CUUGUCUUCCCGCUGCAACCCGAGAGGAAAAAAAAAGAAGGAACCAAGCAAGCCGCCGGCACCAACCUUGAGAAACCGGUGAGAAAGCUUGGAUUUCUCCUUCCUUUCUUGUUCUAGAACCCAGAAAUCCUUCCCCCCAUCUGCAGAAUUUCGGAUCUGCCUUGCUCUGCUCCUCACCGUCCGGCUGCUCCUGCUUUGUGGGUGUGAUUUGUUCGGUUUUUUGGAUUUCUUCUUCCAUGCCGCCGGCUCUUCCCCCAAACUGCAGUCCGGUUGUGCUAGGAAAAUUAUGGUUCCCGAUCGUUCUGUCAGUUAGCACUGCGAUCGAGCCUUCGGUUUUAUGGAAUGAAUUUUCUAUGUUAUGCGAGUGAGGAAAAGAAACCGAGAACGGGGAAACCAUGGGAAGUGGCGAGUUAGAAAGCUAGCCAUUUUGAGAUAGAUAUAGAUUUUAGAGAUAGAUCAUGAUCUUGUAAAUUGGAUUUUAAUUGGAGAUUGAUAUAAAUUCAUUGAAUGGAUUGUUAGUUACAAGAGUUUGAUCUUCAAAUUUUGUGAAUUGUCAGAUGUGAAUUUAAUAAGUUUCGAGCCUUGUGCAUUUGUGGAACUCUUUCACGAGUGCACGGCGUCUGUUGCGCCUCGAAUUCGGGUUUUUGAGCGUGACAAUAGUAGAGGACAAGAGGAGGACCACUGGGAGCACCAACUUCAAAAAUAUCCAAUCUGCCUUUUGGGAGUAAGGUACCAGCGAGGCAGCAAGUUUUAA